AUGCGGCCUAUUGCUGAUUGCGGCUAUUGUAAGAAUGUUACGAAACCAAUUGUACUGAGAAACAUCACUAGACAAGAAUUCUCUAAAUAUGCUUACACACCAAGGCCUAUAAUUGUUAAGAAUGCUGUACAACACUGGAGAGCAACCAAAGAGUUUAGUUUUAAUAUGUUUAAGAAACUGUACGAGGAAACAGCUGGCAGUUAUGAGAGUCUUGACGAAGGAUGUCAAUUUCUUAACUUUAAGACUGAUAUGUUCAGUUUGAAGGAAGUGUUUGAUAUGCCAGAGGCUAGGGCAAAGAAUGAGCAGGGACAAAGCCCUUGGUAUGUUGGAUGGGGCAAUUGCCAUCCAGAUAUACUGGAAAUAGUAAGACAAUACUAUCAAGUGCCACAUUUUUUACCUGAAGAUGCAGAAUAUCCUGCAACAGAAAAUAUAUUUUUUGGGUAUGAGAUUGGAGCUGUAAUGCAUUUGGAUUAUAUAUCAAGACUGAUGUGGCAGGGGCAGGUCCAAGGUAGCAAGACCUGGUCUCUGGCUCCGGUGCCGGAGUGUGACCAUGUGUGUUCCAAGUUUGAGUAUUAUGUGGAGGCUGGAGAUGUUGUGUUGUUGGACACCCGCAUUUGGUAUCAUGCAACAAAGAUACCUAAAGGUCGAUUCUCACUCACUGUGCAAUCUGAAUAUGGAUGA